GUGCAUAAACCAUCGUUGCGUAUGUCGAGCAUGUUGGACUGAUAUCUUCGGUCGCCCAUCUCCGAUCCUCGCCUUCUGGCAGCCCUUCUCCGACUGACAAUAGCACCAAAAGCAUGGUAGUACUGAAACAAGUCAUUGUUACCGGCCUCGAUGUCCGAAAACGGAUCAGCAAUGGAGAAUGACGCAGGUUCCCCUGGUGAACUCCAGCAGCCUCCAGCCAAACGACAACGAACAAGAACCCUUGCUUGUAGACGGUGCCGCCAGAGGAAGCAGAAAUGCGAGGAGAGCAGGCCUUGUUCCAAUUGCACCAAAGGAGGAUACGAUUGCCUACCUACUGCGCCUGCCCCGAAAUCCAGUGCGGUAGAGAGCGAGUAUGUUCGCGUGCUCGAAGAACGCAUAGCCGAGCUCGAAUCCCUUGAUCCACAACAAAGUCUAGAUCAUAUUCCUCCCCAAGCGUUGCAGAACGAGAGGCCUGCAGAAGACCAUGAACGCCAGCAGAUCGUUGUAGAUCGUUCGCCGAUAGGUUCCCAUUCGAAUGGGAAUGUACACGAGCUUCACGUGACCGGCCUGGAGCCCUCUCAUCGAAGACCUUCAGGGACCACAACUCAUCGAAGGUCCUCAGGGACAAUGGCCACCAAUCAGAGGCCUUCAGGAAUAAUGGCCCAUCGAAGGCCUUCAGGGACAAUGACCCAACGAAGGCCUUCAGGGACAAUGACCGAGUCCUCGCUCAGCAAUGCUUUCACUGAUGGAGAGGACGAGGACACCCAUCAAGAUCAUCUCAUUCUUGGGUUGGUAGCUUCGCCCUCGGCCCCUUGUGCCGACCUAAGUCUCCCAGUUCUAGAUACAUCGCCAGCCACGAGCCCUGCUUUCCAUCCAGACCAAGAUUACCCUCCGCUUUCGCAAGUGAUUAAUGUGCCCAUGGAAGUUGAGAGACUCUUGUUAGAGGCGUACCGGGAUCGAGCACAAGCACAGUACCCUUUCUUCUUAUGGGACUCGUUCUUGUCGUGGCAUGCAGACUGGAAGAGUUGCCCUCGAAAUGAGCUUCGGGAUAGAGCAUGGCAAGGCUUCUUCACUAAUCUCGUCUAUGCCACCUCGCUGCUGCUCCUACGUAGAGCCCAUGUUGGCCGCGCGGAUGCCAGGUCGUUUUAUCGCAAUGGCAUCUCCUUACUUCCUUCAGUUCUGGAAAAGCCUAACAAGAUUCUUCACGUUCAGGCCUAUCUCCUACUUGCCAUGAAUGCAUUACAUCAGAGCUCGACUGAACGCAUAAUUUCUCUUACUUCGACUACCAUGCGAGCAUGCGUCCAGCACCAACUUCAUCUUACAGAGUGGGAGGCCGAACCCCACGCAUUUUCAGGACAUCUAUCAAUUCAGCUCCGUCGACGAUGCUUUUGGUGCGCUUACAAACUAGAUCGACUUGUCAUGACAUCCUUCGAUUUACCACCAUCAAUACCGGACAACAUGAUUACGGUACGGCCCUAUGCUAAUCUGGACGACAGAACUCUGUUGCAAAGCGCUGCAAGUACUUCAGCUGAUGUCGAACUCGUCGACUCCCCAUACUAUACUAGCGUCUCAUCGUCACUACAUAUCCUACAAUGCCGUCGCAUUCAAUCUGAGAUAUUGGCGAUUAAUCUCAGAGCUGACUAUCUCACUCAAUACGAACACGCCCCGGAAUGGCGCAUUAGGAUUCUAGCUGAGCUUGAAAAUUAUAAAGCUAGAGUCCAAAAGUAUUCCGACCCGCAGUCCAAGGGUUACACAUCUCAACGAUGGCUAGCAAUGAUCUACCAUUAUACUCUGUUGAUGCUCUAUCGUCCAACUAAACAGAGCGUUCUCGGGCCAGCGGGAGACUGGUCGGUCCAAGCAAGCACUCAGGCGUGCUUGAUGUUUCGCAAGACCCAGAUGGAUCGUCAAAUUGCUCAGCCAUGGCUAGGUCUUGUAGUUCAAUUCCAAGCAGGAAUAACGUUACUGUACUGCUUUUGGGCGACCCCUCCAGAGCAUCGAACGGAGAACUAUGACUCCUUAGAUGUUCCAGACGCACUCAGAGCAUGUUCCAACAUUGUAGCAAUCAUGGCCGAUCGCUGGGCGAAGGCAGACUGCCUUAGAGAUGUUUUUGAACUCCUAGCCCGUGAAAUACCCCUCGUUGAUCGCCCAAGCCGACCACCAACCCGCGUGUCAGAAAAGACUAUUGAAGCCAUCCGCAGCAAACUCAAUCAAGUCCGCGCGUUGAUCGUUCACCGCUCCAUCAUGCGGAUGAUCGAAGAAAUGAUUUCGGAAGACUUUCCUCGCACGAGGGCUGGGAACGAUAACAUAUCGCAAGGAACGCCACCCCAACCUCAGUCUGAGUUGGCGUCAGGUCCAUACCCACCUAUGCCGAAUCAAAUGGUUCAACAGACCCCGUCUUCAGAUAUGAUGUUUCAAUUGCCGUUCACAGCGCCUCAGUCGUUCUCCUUCGAUGGUCAGGAGAUGGAUACACAAGAACUAAAUACCGAGACUCUGCUUUCUUUUCCGAGCGUUUUUGAGUUUGACUCUUGGAGCUGAUCAUGUACGAUAACUGUUCAUGUGUGUGUGAAAUGGGUGCAAUCUCAAUU